AUGAGGGCGGCGCGGUCCCUAUUGAGCUCGGCUCGCUCCGCCGCCACGGCCGCUUCCAGCCGCUCGAUAACCUCCCAGGCGCUUUCGAGCACAUCUGGGAGGGGUUCUGGGGCCUGGCUUGACGGCGGCCAGGUGCUGGAUCCCCUGCAAGCCCUCUCUGUAGAGGCGCUCGGGGUCCCCGACAACUGCCACGCCGGCGCCGCCCUCGCCGCGACCACCUCCACCGUGGCUGCUUGCUCCGCCCUCGGAGUGCUCAGGGUGGGCUCGGAUGGCACUGGCUACUCGGGUGCGGCCGCUACCCUCAGCUCGGGGCAGGGCGGUGCCUGCAGCUUCUAUUCUGCCAGCGCGCUCGGCUCUGGCGCGGGCGCGUUCGGCCUAGGAGCGGGAGUUGGCCUCGGCUCUUCUGGCUACCUCUGGCCUCCGGCGGGGUCCUUGGGCAGCCUAAAAAUGAAAAAGGUUAAUACCCCCAAACUAAUACCCGGGAAAACACGCUCGGGACAAGGAAAGAACUUACGUGGACUUCAGUCCGCGGUAUUGCCACCAGGAAUCCGCCUUUCUCCUCUUCGGCGGGGGGCUCUGGCCCCCGAGCCAUUGAGGGGCCGCCGUGGAGCCUGCCUCCAGCGGCAGGCCGGCUCGGGCUCCCGCUGUUGCACCACCGGCCCGGCCCUAGUCCUAGGGCUCCCGCACCCUGGACCUGGUCUCUGUCCCGGACUCCGUGCCCGAUGA